AAAUCAUUAGAGAAUUUGAUGGGAACAAUUAUCUAUCAGCAACAAAUUACAAAGACUUCCAACUUUUGAGUCACAGCAAAAAAAAAAUAUCCAGGUCCAGGCUAAUUAGAUAUGCAAAAGAAUUCAACUCGUGAAGCAAUGGGUAGAAGAAACAAGCAUGCCCAAUAAAGACACUACCUUUUAGGUUGCCAUUGAAAGUGGUAGCAGCUUGGGUCGUCAUUUCAGCGCCGUUUACUUUAAAUCGUCGAAUUCUGAGCAAUGGAGAGUAGCGUCGGAGUUAUGAUCCCUAAAAGCUUUGGGCGCACAAGGGAAAUGACGACGCGGGGUUGAGUCAGCAAGAGCUGGGCAAUGCGGCGGGAUCUAGGGUGGUGCGGAACAAAGCCGACGGAGUUUGCAGGGGCUCAGCCCCUGGAGAGGAAAGGCAUGAGAGGGAACACGGUGGUUUGAUUUUUUGCUGGGCCUGUUGGUUUACGAGAAAAGUCUUUGUAUAGCAUGCCCACCAACUGUUCGAUAAAAUUACCUUGAUUCAAGCAAUUAAGAAAGAGAGAGAGAAAGUUCUACUUUUGAGUUGGUUAAGGUGAUUAAUGGAGUCUUGCAUCUUGGUGGUGGAGAAGAAGGAUCUCCAUGUUAUUAUGUUCUCUGUUUUUUCCUAAAAGCCCUUUUGCUCUUUGUUUUUGUGAGUGUCCUCUUGGGAUGGGGAGUGAGUUCCUUUUUUAUUUUGGGAUCUGGGUUUUAGGAUUCUUGGGUUUGAGCUUAGCUUCUUCUCUCUCUUUCUUGGGUUGCUUCCAAUUUCUUGUCUUUGUGUAUGGUUCACUAAAAAAACUGGGAAAUUUUUUUGGACCUGAUUCAUCGGAGCCGCUUCGUCUAGAUUGUUUCUGGAUUUGUUGUCUUUUCAAUUUUUUAUUCCUUACGAGGUUUUUCUUUUAAUUGGAACCCUUCUCUGCAUUUGGGGUUUUCUUGAGCUGGUGAAAGAUUCCUUCUUGCCUGCUUGAAGACAUUAGGGUUUGAAAUUGGAGCCUUGGCAAAUAUCUGCUCUCUAUUUGAUGGGCUAAAAUCCAUUUUUGUGGUGAAUCUUGAGCUAGUUCUUUUUGUAUUCUGUAUCAAGAUUGUUUACAGAAGAGGGCUGCUUUGAUGUAUCUUUCACUGUGGAAGCCCAUAUCCCACUAUGCUGCUCUGAUCUUGGACAGGAAGAGCAGGAGAAAAGAUGGGUCGGAUGUAGCCGUUGAAAUCAAGAAGAACCCAUCAAUUCUCCGUAAACUGCAAGAAAACAAGCUCAGGGAAGCUCUCGAAGAAGCAUCUGAAGAUGGGUCCCUCUUCAAGUCUCAGGACAUGGAGGAGCCUGAUCAGGAUGAAAGUUUGGGCCGAUCGAGAUCCCUUGCAAGGCUCCAUGCACAGCGGGAAUUCUUGCAGGCAACUGCUCUUGCUGCAGAACGGACAUUUGAGACUGAAGACUCCAUCCCUAAUCUCCAUGAGGCUUUCAACAAGUUCCUUACAAUGUAUCCCAAGUACCAGUCAUCAGAGAAGAUUGAUCAGUUGAGGUCAGAUGAGUAUGCCCAUUUGUCGCCUAAGGUAUGCCUUGAUUAUUGUGGAUUUGGGCUUUUUUCUUAUGUUCAGUCUGCACACUAUUGGGAGUCUUGUACAUUUAGCUUGUCUGAAAUAACUGCUAAUUUGAGUAAUCAUGUACUUUAUGGUGGUGCUGAGAAAGGCACAGUGGAACAUGACAUAAAGACUAGGAUAAUGGAUUAUUUGAACAUUCCUGAGAAUGAGUAUGGCCUUGUAUUCACAGUGAGUAGAGGGUCUGCAUUUAAAUUGCUAGCCAAUUCCUACCCUUUUCAUACAAAUAAGAAGUUGCUCACCAUGUUUGAUUAUGAGAGUCAAUCUGUGAAUUGGAUGGCUCAAAGUGCUAAGGAGAAGGGUGCAAAAGUUUACAGUGCUUGGUUUAAAUGGCCAACUAUUAAGCUUUGUUCCACUGAUCUGAGAAAGCAAAUUUCCAAUAAAAAGAGGAGGAAGAAGGAUUCAGCUGUUGGUCUCUUUGUCUUUCCUGUUCAGUCUAGGGUCACAGGGGCCAAGUAUUCAUACCAAUGGAUGGCACUAGCUCAGCAGAACAAUUGGCAUGUCUUACUUGAUGCUGGUUCCUUGGGUCCCAAAGAUAUGGAUUCACUUGGCCUGUCCUUGUUUCGGCCGGAUUUCAUUAUCACUUCAUUUUACAAGGUAUUUGGGUAUGAUCCAACUGGUUUUGGGUGCCUUCUAAUUAAAAAAUCAGUCAUGGGAAGUCUUCAGAAUCAAUCUGGUUCUACAGGGUCUGGAAUGGUGAAGAUCACCCCUGAAUAUCCGCUUUAUCUGAGUGAUUCUGUAGAUGGUCUUGAUAAAUUGGUUGGAAUUGAAGAUGAUGAGGUGGGAGUGAAUGGUGAUAAACCCUCUGAAACUCGCCCAGGAUUGCAGUUGCCUGCCUUUUCUGGUGCUUUCUCAUCUGCUCAAGUGAGGGAUGUGUUUGAAACAGAAAUGGAACAUGAAAAUAGCUCUGAAAGAGAUGGAACCAGCACAAUAUUUGAAGAAACUGAGAGUAUUUCACUCGGGGAAGUGAUGAAAAGCCCUGUCUUCAGUGAAGAUGAGUCAUCGGACAGCUCAUUGUGGAUUGAUCUGGGUCAAAGUCCAUUGGGUUCCGAUAAUGCAGGUCAGUUGAAUAAACAGAAAAUUGCCUCUCCUUUACCACCAUUUUGGUUUGGCAGCAGGAAAAACCACAAGCAGCUCUCUCCAAAGCCAUCAGCAAAGAUAUAUGGGAGCCCAAUUUAUGAUGACAAAGACCAAAAACCUAGUGAUGAUUGCCAUGUGCUAUCAUUUGAUGCUGCUGUUCUUUCAGUUUCACAAGAACUGGACCAUGUUAAGGAGGUUUCCGAAGAACAAUUUGCAGGAACAAAUAUCAUACAAAAUAAUAAAAAGGAGUCAGAGCAUUCACAUGUUCAUGAAAUUGAGGAGGAACGUAGUACCAGCAGACCACUUCCUAUGGGAUCUGUAUCUAAUUCAGCUACAAAUGGAUCUCGUCUCAACAGUUCUAUUUUUGCCUCUCAGCAUAUUAGCUUAGCAAAUGGCUCCACUUCAGAAAUAUGCCCAGAGGUUAAAGAGAGUGACAUAAGAAGAGAAACAGAAGGUGAAUUUAGGUUGUUGGGGAGGAGGGAAAUGAAUAGGUAUUCUGGUGGUAGAUUUUUUGGUUUGGAAGAUGACCAGCCAAGCCAGGGAAGAAGGGUAUCUUUUACCUUGGAAGACAGCCGAAAAGAGCGCCUGAGCCAUACUUUGGAGCCAGGAGAAGUAUCUGCUACCAGCCUUGAUGAUGAGGACUACACAACUGAUGGGGAGUAUGGUGAUGGGCAAGACUGGGACAGGAGGGAGCCUGAGAUAAUAUGUCGGCAUCUUGAUCAUAUUAACUUGUUGGGGCUCAAUAAAACAACACUCAGACUUCGGUUUUUGAUCAAUUGGCUUGUCACCUCGUUACUGCAACUCAGAUUUCCCAGUUCUGAGGGAGAUGGCAAAGUGCAUCUUGUUCACAUCUAUGGCCCCAAAAUAAAAUAUGAAAGGGGUGUCGCUGUGGCCUUCAAUGUCAGAGACAGAAACAAAGGGCUAAUUAACCCAGAGAUUGUACAGCAGUUGGCUGAAAGAGAAGGCAUUUCUCUUGGCCUUGGCUUCCUCAGUCACAUUCGGAUUCUGGAUAGCCCACGGCGAGGAUAUUUGAACCUUGAUGAUACUAGCCUAUGCAGACCUAUGGAAAAUGGGAGACAUGAUGGGAAAAGUGGGUUCAUACGAGUUGAAGUUGUCACUGCAUCUCUGAGCUUCCUGACAAAUUUUGAGGAUGUUUAUAAGUUGUGGGAUUUUGUGGCGAAGUUCCUUAACCCAGCCUUCAUCAGAGAGGACACACUUCCAACUGUUGUAGAAGAGUCUGAGACAUAAUUCCCUAAGGAGCAAUUAAUCAUUUUGUUUAGUUUGACAGAGAUGAACUCUUUGGUGCUAGAAACCCUUAAGGGUACAAAAUCAAGUCUUGGUGAAAGAUUCAUAAGACUCAAAAAUGCUUGCCAAUUGUUGAUGCUCUUGCCCACAACUCAUGGAUGCAAGCAAGUGAAUUUGUUAAUUCAUGUUGGAUGUUUUGAAAUUUUCUUUUCUUCUUUUGGGUUCUUGUAGAGUUGGUUUUAGAAAAUAUGUAACAUUUUGGAAGUUACCAUGACCUCAAAGCAGAAUUACAUUAUACACUUUUCAUCAUUUUGACAUUCUGCUUUAAGUCUAUACAAAUUCCAUUUUCCUGCUUCUGUCUAAAAACAGAUUAGCUUGCGGGGCGGCACUGGAAGAUACCAACCACUUGUUCUUGGAAUGCCCCUUUGUAAUAAAAUCGUGGUGGAAAUGUCAAGAAUGGUGGGGACUGAGCUACGUGAAUUAUAAUGAGUGCAGGAAGGCUUUUGUUCAGCAUGUAUUCUAUUCAAAAAACAAAUGGGUUAGGCAGGGCUGGGAAACCAUUUGGUUUGGCCUCACAUGGACCAUAUGGUUAGCAAGAAAUGAACAAAUUUUUAGAAAAACAAAAAGCUCUAUCGAAAGGUUAUUUGACCUUGUACAGAUCUGAACAUUCUUUUGGAUCAGUGGAAGGGUGGCUGGAUCGCUGUUUUCUAGUGCAGAUUGGAUACAAAGCCCGGUGAUGUGCUUGAAGUCAAUACAAGGCAGGUUGAAGAGGAAGUGAAGAGCUUACAGUGUCGACACAUUAUUUUGGUGUCGACACCAAACGGGAGAGCUUAGCUCAGAAUCCCGACACGGACUUGGUGUUGACACGUAAUUUUGGUGUCGACACCAAACGGAAGGACUGAGCAUCCAAACCCGACACGGACGUGGUGUUGACACAUG